AUGUGGCUAGACCCUGGAAAGUUUAAGCCUAUCUUCGAAUUCUGCAGCAGCCUAGAGUCGAACAUGCAAAAGCUUGAGGUCAGAGGACCUAUUUACCAGAUGGGUCUAGAGGAGCGAGGCCAAGUUCACUUUCAGCGCCAGCUGUACGAUGAGGAUGCUGAGUGCUGUGCGCACUUGAGAAGACAGGGUGGAGGCGUCCGGCGUCCUAUUCACUUUCACUUAGAUCCGCAGGGAUUUGUCGAUUUGUUGCUCGUCAACUCUGAGUUUGAUAGCAGUCAGGCUCAUACAUUCUAGUGCGCUCUAUUUUAUCGGAAAAAUAUUUCGAUUUGUUUCUAUGUACUCGACUUCAGUAGAGAUCUCAGUGACCUCAUACAAUUCAGGAUCUGGUGGUACAAAAUUCGAUUUCAUAAGCUAACAGGAUAUCUUAAUUCCAAAGUGCUGCAUUCUGCCCCAAA